AUGAUGCUGCGGAGGAUACCGGCGGCCGGUUUUCUGUUAGCUGUGGCGGCCUGCAGGGGAGCCCGUGCCAGCGCUUCCAACGGUGCACCUUCGAACGCAUUCAGUGACCCGACCUCGCCUCUUGCUGCCUUCUUCGGCAGCAGCAGCAGCAGCAGCAGCAGCAGCAGCAGCAGCAGCAGCAGCAGUUUCGGCAGUGUGUUCCAGGCAGGAAGCCCCUUGAGCUCGCCGACCAAUGGCAAGAUAAGCUUCCGGACCAAGACCAGGAACGGUGUACGAGGUCUCCUGCCGAAGCCGCCGAGGCUACGGCUGUGGGAGAAGGCGGGGGAUGACGAGGGACUGGACACCGCCAAGCGGUUCCUUCACAUCACCGCGGAGGCCCUGGUGCUGGAGGUGGAAGGCGAGGAUGAGUGCCUGUCGAUUGCUCGCGGGCCCGAGUCCCUUGGGGGCGCGCGCGUAAGGGUAGUGGCGCGGAAGGACGCCGGGAUCGAAGAAGCACCGGCGGCAGCGGCAGCAGGCGGGGAUUCUCGUUCUUCGACGGGAACGACGGCGACGAGGAUACCGGUGGAUGGUCUCUUCGGCGUGUACGACCUUCUCAGCGGACCGUUCGUCGCGGUCAUCAGCAGGUCAAGCCUCAGGUAUGCAAACAGCGACCUCGGCGUGGAGUUCCGCCAGGUGUCCAAGGUGCAGCUCGUCCCGGUCCUAGCCGCGCCCAGGUCUCUGGAUGACGGGCAGGCGAGAGAGGAGGCUAGGCUUCUGGCGCUCCUCGCCCUGGCGUUUCGCUCGCACCAGUUCUACUUCUCCCACGUGCACGACGUGACCCAGACCCUGCAGACGCUCCGUGUCUCCUCCUCCUCCAACUCAACGCCGGCGACCCCGCCGCCAUCAGCGAAGCGUUCUUCCGCGGCCUCCGUUUCCGGCGGGGCUCUGUCAAGCGGCAGCGGCGCGCGGAGGAAAGUAAAGACGAAGCGACAACCAGUUUCGGUGUCGAAGGACCCGAAGAAGAAGAGUACCCGCGCCGGCCGCACCGCCACGGCGGGGGCGCGCGCCGACGACGACCGGCGCCGGCGAAACGAGGGGGAAGCGCGGCGGCAAGGAUCACCCGCCACCCCGCCCACGGCAGUAGCGCCGCCCCCAGACCAACGAUUCUUUUGGAACUUGGGGGUCUUGGAGCCGCUGCUCGAGCUCCGGGAAGAGCUGGAAGGGCGGCGGAAUAGCGGCGGCGACGGGGGUGGUGCGACGGUGGCGGCCGUGGACCGGUGGCUGACGCCGGUGAUGAGCGGGUUCCUGCAGGUGGAGCGGGGCUGCCGCGCCGGGGAGCGGAGCUUCGACGUGAUGUUCGUCUCGAGGCGGAGUCGGCUGAGGCAGGGCACGAGGUACACGCGCCGCGGCAUCGACGACGGGGGGAACGUGGCCAACUUCGUGGAGACCGAGCAGUCGCUGCUGCACGAGGACCGCAGCGUCACCUCCCACGUCCAGAUCAGGGGCUCGAUCCCCGUGUUCUGGAGCUCUCCGACGAACCUAAGGUACCACCCUAAGGUCCGAAUAGACCCGAACCAGGAGGCUUCUCUGCGGGCGCUCAGGCGGCACUCGGAGGACCUGAUCCGUCUCUACGGCAAGAACGGCGGAGGCAUUGUCUUCAUCAACCUUGUCGACAAGAAGAAGGAACAGGGCGCCCUCGGAGAGGCUUUCGGGGCGGCUCUCAAGGCGGUAGAGGACGGAGACGGCGGUGCCAAACCCGUCUCCGACGAAGAUAAUGUCUGCUCUGAUUCGGGGUCCGCGGCGGCGGGCGGCGGCGGGGACGCUGGAGGGGGGGCGGCGGCUGUGGCUGUGGCUGCCCCGAAGCUGGCGGGGUCCCUGCGGCACGUGUGGUUUGACUUUCACCACGAGUGCCGGAACAUGCACUGGGAGAACCUCGACAAGCUUUUGGGCAUCGUGGACCGCGAGUUCGGAGAGCAGGGGUUCUACCACGCCGGUCCAGGGGGCGAGAUCCUCCGCCUCCAGGAUGGGGUGGUGCGGACGAAUUGCAUGGACUGCCUCGACCGGACGAACGUCGUGCAGAGCCUGCUCGCACGCCGGAGCAUGCUGGUCCAGCUGAGCGCGGUCGGAGUGGAUAUCCCGGAGCCGGAGGGGGGGGACAACGCGGCCUUGGCCCUUACCCUAGACAUGCUGGAGAUGCCGGCGGAAGAGCUGGAGAGGCGUUUUCGAGACGUUUGGGGUAACAACGCCGACGAAAUCAGCAUGCUCUACGCAGGCACGCCGGCUCUGAAAGGCGACUUCACCCGGACGGGACAGCGCACGAAAAUGGGACUACUCCAAGACGGGACGAACUCAGCCAUCCGCUACGUCGUCAACAACUUCCAGGACCACCGGCGGCAAGAGGCGGUCGAUCUCCUCCUUGGGUUCCACCACCCCGUCGUCGACCAGGACGGCAACAUCCUGGGCGAAUUCAUCCAGGACCCCCUCGACCUCGACCUCUGGGCGACGCGCCUCCCGCAGCCUCAGCAGGACGACGUUAAGAAGGGGCAGUCGGCGGCGUUGGCGGGAGCUAGGGAGAAGGGAGGAGGAGGAGGAGGAGGAGGAGGAGGAGGAGAAGGAGGAGGAGGUACAUCCGUGUCGCCGCUGUUGUCGUCGCCAAGAGGUGCCGGUAUCGUUGGCUGCGACAAUGCGGCGGCAGGGGAACUCGCUCGAGCUGAAACGGUUAGCCGCGGCGUCAACGACAACGACAACAGUGACGUCACCAGUGGGAGAAGUAGGCCUCCCACCAAGCAGGGGGACACGGUAAUUAUUGCGGCGAGAUUAACGCAGGAUAGAAAAACACCACGCAGCAAUGGACCCGCCUCGCACCUGGAUCGAAAAAGGAAGAUAAGCGAUGCUGAGGUUGCGACGGGGGUGUGGUCGGGUGUCGCUGGGCGUGCGGAAGGCGCUGGAGAUGGGCGAGAGGGGGGCUUGGGGACGACGGCUGCUGUCUCGGCCAGAAGAAAAGGUCACCGUGGUUUGGGGGAUGGCUAAGAAGAUCGAAGAAGCGUUGCAAAAUUUUGCAUAAGGUAAUAAUGCCUGCCUGGAUCCGAGCUCAGGGAUCGACUCCCUCGGCUGAUAGUCCUCUGCCCCUGCCAUCGUUGUUGCUGGCGAAAGGAUUGGCUUUAUGAACAAGCAGGAAGUAUCGGGGUUUUCUUGAGUGAUGUGCAUAUUGCCGUGGUUAGUGCGCUCGCCAUCGAGUAUUUUAAGUACACGAUAUCGUGGUAAUAGUCUUUUGUACUGUAGAUGUGUGCAUGAAUGCUAAGACCGAACAGAAAAAAAAUUGAGAUGAGUCCAUACACCAUGCACCCGGAAAUUUAGAGCGGCUGGCGGGUCUCUCGGAGAGAAGUCAUUUUCAUCGGUGAAUUCGGGUGGUACGUGAACACAUGUUUGCAAAACGAGAGGACAGCAUAACCGUGGGGGGGUGAGUGAACGCGAUGAUUCGCAAAAAAAAAUGUACUGGCUUCAUUGAUUGCCACAGCAAUAUAUUGUCCUUGGCUGUUGUCUCCGGGGAUAUAAGAAAGGAUCGUAUGGUAGAAGUAGUCUAAUAUGCUGCAAGAACUUUGUAGUCCACGCUGCUAUGUGGUAUGAUGUAAUGACCUGCCACGCAUGGUAAGGGCGUCACUCCCGGCGAAGCUCUGUGUAUCCCUGUAGUGCUUUUUGGGGGAAAGUCGUUCGGAUAAACGGGUUCUCUCCACCGGGAUUGACUCCCGUAUCUCGUUGUCUCGCAACGGAAUGGUGGUU